CACAGGGUCAGUGAGCGGAGGCUGGUUAUCAGAGCAGAGAGACAGAAGGCAGUUUGCUGUAGGCAGGCGAAGCAAUCUCUUUCUCUCUCUCUCUCUUUCUCUCUCUCUCUCUCUCUCUCUCUCUCUCUCUCUCUCUCUCUCUCUCUCUCUCUCCCUCUCUCUGUUUCUCAACUUUACCGAACACUGCCAUCAAAACUGCAAUCUCUUACGCUCUAUCUGUCUCUCAUUCAUUUAGUGUCUCUCUCAUAUUUCAUCAUCAUUUCAAGGUUUACCGUAUGGAGUCAAGGCAUCCUGGGUAUCAUCAUUUUAAUCCAAGUCUUUCAAUGCCAUUCCUGGCCUGUAUGAAUUCCUCCCAUCAGGAAGGUGUGCUGAAUCCAGACUAUGCGGUGUCCUUAAGCCCCAGCCGAGUGUUACUCCAGGAGCUUCUCUGGCAAUUCGAGCAGAGAGAGUGUCCAGCUCUUGAGGAGCAACGCCUCCGUUGCACCCAUGGUGCUCGAGGACAUCGUCUGCCUCUCACUCGGGACAGCUUGCUUGCCCUGAUACCAGCAUCUGAAUGCAGACUGCUGGAGCGACUCUGUGCCCGAAUUCCACCAUCUCACACAGCUGCUGUACUCUUCAGGUUCCGUGAGAUUUUGGCUCACAACUAUGUUGUUCCCUGGGAGCUCGUGUGCAUCUUCAAACAGGUGCUGAGGGACUUCCUGAGAAGGCAGGAAGAGGUUGGAUACAGAAGGACUUUCCCUCCAGCCCCACCAAUCCUACUUCCUGUUUCUCCUCCUCCUGCAGACAUCGACACUUGUGACCAAAAGAAUACAGCUUUGUCUUCUCUGGAAGGGCAAGAAAAGUGUCGGGAGGAGAUCCCGACCAUAUCCAGCUAUGUAGACAAGCAUUUACAUAGUGCUCAUUCAUAUACAGUCCAUAGGGACUGUCUUCCCUACUGUCGAUCCUUUCCCUAUGACUAGCCUAAGGCUUUGAGUGGUAAACUGUGAAGGACAGAAAUAGCUCAGAGACAUCCCAGUGACCAGAGUGCCCUUCCCAUAGGCAAAAAACUUCCCCUGGAAACAAACAGGACAGUACUAGUGAGACCUGAGGUUGAGUAGUUACAAGAGAUUUUAUUGGGUCAAGGAAAGUCCUUGGACUAAGCUGGAUCUUUACUACGGCAAGGUUAUAUUCACAAUACUGUGAGCUCAUAGAGUCUAUAAAGUUUAACAGUUAGUUGAUAAGGAUCUAUUCAAUUUCCUCUGAUAAAAUGCAUUGGAAUUCACAAAUAUAUUGUGUUCAAUAUAUUCAUAUAAUCAUUUCAACAUCAUGAGCCAUAGAAACUCAAUAACGCAGUAAGCACACAGCUGCAAAGUGACUUACACAGACUAAUCUGCCCUUUUUUUCAGUUAUAUUUUUGGAUUACGAAGCAUAGAUUAGCCUGAGGGGAGAGAAGAGCAUGGCUCUCUGUAUGCUUCAAUAGCUCUCUGUAUGCACUCAUCUCACAGAUCGUGCAUGUGUGUGUGUGUGUGUGUGUGUGUGUGUGUGUGCUGUGAGGGAGAACAAGAAUAAACUACAGAUCUUUUUCCCAAGAAAUACCAGCUGAGUCAAACUGUUAUUGUAUGUAGUGCUUCUACACAAAGUGUCUUCCUUCAAGGGUUUUCCUUCUUAAUACCUAUAGUCUUUCUUUGUAAAUGGAUCACAGACUAAUUGUUGCCACUACAGCCUACAGCCAAAUGUUGCUGUGUGUUAUGUCAUUCCUAAAAUUUGUAA